AGCGUCGCUCCGGCCCCUCCCCCCGCGUGGGCGUGCGGCCCCCUAGGCCCGCCGUCGUCGCCGUCCUGCGACAUGAGGGACUCCGGGGGCGAUAAGAUGGCCGUCGGCGAGCUCAAGUUCGAGGCCCCGCUGGCCCAGUUCGAGGAGGCCGAGGACUGGGGGUCCGUGGACUUCAGCAAGACGGGCGGCCACGGCGUGGCGCAGGACCUGCAGGACGACGUCCGGAACUCCAACAGCCCGCUGCACACCAACAACCACAACAACCACCACAACAUGAACGGCAUGCACGCGAGCCCGGACCACCACAAUCAGCGCAACAACGCCCACGUCCAGUGCGACGACAACGUCCAGCUCGUGGACAACCUGCAGCUGGACAACGCGGCCGUGCUGAAGGCCAACGCCGCCGUGGCCGCCAACGCCGCCAACGCCACCACCAAGCUCAACGGAGUCCACGGCGGCGACGCCGGCGAGGACAACUUCCUGGCGGAGACGUUCUCCGGGUCACUGGAGGACCUGGUCAACACCUUCGACGACAAGAUCACCAAGUGCUUCUGCAACUACGACGAGUCGGUGGAGAAGCUGGCCCCCGUGCAGGUGCGGACGCAAGAGGAAAUCAUGAACGAAUGCCAGUAUUUCAGGAUGUGGUGGACCAUCACGGGCAACUUCGGCAACAUCCUCCCCAUCGACUGGUCCAAGUCGUGCGCGCGGAAACUCCACAUGCCGGCGCUCAACCUCAACGAGUGCAAGGACUCCACCCAGGACGACGGCGAGGCUGACCUGAGUUCCGAGGACGAGGCGGUGGCGAGCGACCUGGACAUGCAUUCCCUCAUCCUGUCGGGGCUGCACGCCGACGCGGAGCCCGUCAAGACGGCCGAGGAGGUGAUCCGAGAGAUCGACGACAUGAUGCAGGAUACACCCUCACAUGAAUUGUCUCAUGGUUCGGAGGAGUCCCUCCUUGAUGAGAAUGAGCGGAAAGGCAAGGAAGUCUUGAUGUCUCCCUUGUAUGAAGAAAAGCUAAAGACUUUAAGUGUUUCCCAGCUGAACGAAUUAUAUCUGGAGCUUGAGGUUCUCAUUCGAGACUUUUCUGAAACACUGAUUCAUGAGCUGGCGUUACGGGAUGAGCUAGAAGAAGAAAAAGAACUCAAGAAUUCUUUCAUCUCCUUGCUCCUAGCUGUGCAAAACAGGCGGAGACAGCACCAUGUGGACAAGAAACGUAACAGUCGGAAUAAUGGUGUUGGACGUCUUCCCAGCUCAGCAGAAUCAAAGUACCUGACAACUGUGAUUCCAUACCACAUGGGUGGUGGUCCUCCUACAGGGCAGGCACUUCAAUUUCUAAUUAAAAUUUUGAAGGCUAUAAAUGAAGACAGCCCUACAGUCCCUGCCCUUCUCACUGACUACAUUCUCAAAGUUCUGUGUCCAACUUGAGAAGGUCUAAGUCAUAAGAAAGGUUUUGUGUAACUUUUCAGCGUCAUAUUUAUAAGAUUCGUAUUUGUACAUUCUAUAUUUAUUUUAAUGUGCAUUACAAGUAGCUUGUUUGUACAUUAAGUUGAAAGCAUCAUGUACGCCUCCAUAUAGGGUAAUUUUAAGUUGAAUUGUUUUUACUUUCCGAUAUUUGGAAAUCGAUAAAAGUACAUACCACUAAUACCACAAGUAGGAAAAGAAUCUACGAGAGCUGUGUUAAAGCUCUUUUGUAAAGGUUCUCUCUCUAGUGUAUCAUCUAAAAUUGUAGUGGAGGUGUUAAGGAAAUGUGAACAUCACAACUACUGUAUAUUUUUUACUGAACUUGAAUCUGGUCAUAAUAGUUACUCAUGUGGUGGUAAAAACUAAUUUUACCAUGGUUGAUCUUUAUAGCCAUGUGGGUCAAUUAAAUGUUUUAGAAUGUUAAAUGUGUAAGCUUUCCAUUUUUAGAAUGUUGUGGAAAAGUAGAUUUAGGUGACCAAUCCAUGACAAAUUUUAAGGCAACGUCAGACACUAGCUGUGACAUGUUGUGAGGAAUGGCCUAUUCCCAGUCAAAAUAAAUUGUCUUCACAUUAAACAUUCAGAAUAUUUUUCAAACAAAUUCUACGUCUGCAGGGAAACUAAAGUUGUUAGUUGUGUAUGUUGCCCUACCUCUAGUUUGCAGAGAGAACAUUCAACCAUACUUAAAUUAGAUCCCUUCUUGUUGAGUGACUUUCAUUUAAGAUUUAAGUGCUGUGCGAUUGAUUGAAAACUAAGCAGUGCAGAACUCAAUUUUGUUAUCAUUUUUACUAUCACACUGCUUUAAGUAUUGUGCCAGUUAAAAAUAAACAUUUACUUUUAUCUUACAAUAAGAUGAUUUACCGGUAUUUCAAAAUGAUUUCCUUAAUUAAGUCACUUUCUUGUAGGUUUCUUAACUAUAACAUAUAAUUUGUUUGUUUUUCUGUAAAUAGCACUUUAGAGUUUUAGAGUUGCAAAUGAGACUCUAAAUUGUAUGCCAUGCUAUUUGUCAUUCAUUUAAGUCAAACACAAGGGCUUUUUCUUUCAUUUUUGCUAUUGUGCAAAUUUGUUUAAUGAACUUAAAAAUUUGUUCCAUGUUUAUUGUCUUUUUAAGUUUUGAUGGAUUAAUUUAUUGCUAUGUACAUAAUUGUUUAAUCCUUGUAUAAAGUAUAAGCAGAUUUUUAGUAGAUGCGGCUUACAGCUAGUCAAAGGUGCCAUGAAGAUUGUUUAAGAUGUUUCCCUUGGGGACUGACAAUUAUGUUGCUGCCAUAAGUUUUUGAAGCUUCUUAUUCCAGAAUGCUAUGAGUAGAUUGAUUACUGCACAGGUAAAUUACUCUCUGUUAUGUAAUGUAAUCAUUGAUUUCUUUUUAAAACCAGCACAAUUUGUGUUUAACAACUUUUUUCUCUGUAUUGCUUUUUAGGAUUGGUUGAGAGCUCUGCUUAACUGUAUCUUUCUUUCCUGUUUUGUUUUAAGGAAUAUAGUGUGAUAUUUGAUAUUUAAGAUUUGAACUGAUUAUUUUGCUUAAUUGAUGCUUGUAGAAGCAAAUUUCUGUGUUGUUUUUGUUAUAUGCUUGUGAUGCCAGUUUCAACUUCUGUUUGAAGUGAUGUGAAAAGGAAUUUUGCUUCUCGAAUAUACAAGAGAAGUUGCUCUGGGUAUUAAAUGAUUAUUUUAAUAUUGUUGUUCGAUUGAAUGAAUGUUAUUUCAAAAGCUUUUCAUGUUAUUAUUUUUUCUGUAUCGGAUGCUUCAGAAUUGAUAAGUCAAUGUUAGUUCAUGCCACAUAACUUUGAUCCACACAGGAUAACAGGCGCAACAAGCACAGUCGCCUUUUCCCUUUUUUUCCCACCUCUUGGCUCAAAGUUGCCUGGGGCUAAGGACGACCUCAAGUGAAUUCAAGUCACUGUUUUAUCAGUUCUGAAGCAUCUCGCAUGUGUUUUAUGUUUAGUUUUCAGAGUGAGCUACUUGAUGGAGCACAACAUCUUUCAAUAUUACAGUCACAUUUGACAACUUUAUUUAAUGACACAUUCAGAACUUUUCUUGUGAUGUUCUUUUGUUCUAAAGUAGCAUUUUUUUCUAGCAGAUAAGUAGUAAAUGAUCUGACUCUGAACAGUGAUGAUGGUGUGAACAAUGCAAGAAAUAAAGAAUUUUAAAAAUGGUCUGGAUAAACAA